GUGAACCGGAAGUUUAUUAGUCACGAGCGAUGAAUAAAAAUAUCACCAUCAGAGUCAUCACGAGCCAUGAGUUAAAUUCACUUCAAAAUAUUCAUUAUUGAGGCUAAAAUGAACUCGACAUCCAGCAGAUACAGCAGCUGUGUGAUGUUGGCUCUGUUAAUUAUCGCGGAGCUGCUUCCACGAGGAGCUGCUUCAGAUGUCGAUGAGAUCCCUGAAUUCAGAGUCUCAGAUGUAGAAAAACAGCCGCAGAGACAGUUCAAGACAGCAGAGAUCGCAGAUGCGCUGAUGGGAACCGAACCUCCAGCUCAUUCUCCAGGGAUUGAGCAUCUCAUUCCUAAAGACGUGCACGAGUCCUUCCUGGGAGAAGUAUGUGUUGAUGGACAGUGUGAGGUGGAGGAGAGCAGCGAUUCAGAAGCACCUGAGCUCAUCCUGUCAGGAGUGAUUCACACAGAAGCCGUGGACAUGAAGAACCAGAACCUCACUGAUACGGCCAAGACGUACAAAGUCAACUGUGAUAAAAGGAACAUAACAGGAAUCGAGCGCUUCACAGUGCAGGUGCUCAAUGCAUCUCAGGAUCUGAUGGAGCUGUUGCAUGUGAACAGCACAGAGUGUUCACUAGUCCUCUUUUACACCACAUGGUGUCAGUUUUCAGCCAACCUCGCACCACACUUCAACGCUCUGCCGCGAGUCUUUCCCUCCAUGUUCUUCCUGGCGCUCGACGCGUCCCAACACAGCAGUCUGUCAACACGCUUUGGCACAGUGGCCGUGCCCAAUAUACUCCUGUUUCAGGGUGCCAAGCCAAUGGCUAGAUUCAACCAAACAGAGCGAACAUUAGAAACCCUCACGUCUUUCAUUACAAACCAGACAGGUUUCGAAGCAAGUCCAGAUCAGGCUGUGCAGGAUGAAGACCGUUUGGGCCCUCUGCUGGCAGUUCCCAUGAAAAGCAUUGAUUGGCUCUUUGUGUUUUCUGUUCUUUUUAUCUCGGGCUUUACGCUCUAUGCCAUCCUGUGUACGGACAGCAUUCGCUGGCUCAUACCAGGACAAGACCAUGAACAUCAGGAAUAAAGUGUGCUGCUGCAUUUUUACACCUGACUGUUGUCAAUAUCUGCCGGUUGUGUCAUGUGAUUUGAAUGGAAUAAAGAAGUAUAGAAAGUAAUGUUUUUCUGAGCAGUCAACACCCAGAGCUAAAAUACAUGUUGUUUUGAAACCACAUCUUUACAUGAAACUUUCUCAGUUCCAUUUUAAAGCAAUGUCUGGUGCUAGGGGGUCUGCGAAAAAAACAUUUGACAUUAUUACUGUUUCAUUCUGCUUUCUAAACACUGCUCGAAAAUCAUGUGGUUGAUUAUUGACAGCCAUAGAUUUUAACAGUAACAAAUGAAAACAAAUCCACUUUUUUUUAUUUGUUUUGUGCAAAAACUGUUUCUUAUUUAAGUGUUUAUCUCACCCUCCUUGCAGUGUACAUACUUUCAAGAAUACAUUGUACUUGUUUUGUGAUUGUAGAGUGUAAUGCAUUGUACAAAUACAUUUUAAUUGAAAAUG